AUGGGUGCAGCUCACUGUAAUGCAUCUCAGCGUUCAAUGUCUUCAACGUGGGAUGAGUUUGGUGAUUUACUCGCUGAAUCCGUCACUAAAGCUGAUCUAAUACGUGGUAAACGAGAAUGCUUGAAGGCUUGGAACGCGCUUUUAUCAUUUAUAGUUGAUAGUACAAAAGGUGGAUAUUUGGCAGAAAAUAAGCGUCGGGUUAUGAGAAAAAAUUCGGGGCAAGAAAAUACGGAAUCGUCAUAA